GGGGCGUGUUGGGCUGUCACCUGCCUCGGGCUCCCACAGCGACAAUGACAGCGAUGCGAACUUGGCUUGACUGCAUGCUGCUAAUUCUUUCAAACAUUUUUUCAAGAUGUGGGCUGCUCUCAUAAUUAACGGGCUGUUACCGAACCGGUUAAAAUAGGAUGUCAACAAAUGACGCGGCAGUGUCGGAGCUCAGAGUUGUAGGAGGAGAAACGAGAACCCAACUGUACAGGACAGCAGGAGCAACACGUACCACAAGACAGCAGCAGAAUGAGACCUUUGAUGGUGGUUUCCAAAAACAGAAUCAUCAUGGAACCCAGACUGGGCAGCACUUUCAGCACGCACCCACUGGGCGACAGAAAACACAAGCAGAGCUAAUAUUUGGAGACAGACAGAGAGAAGAGGGCAAGCUUCCUGGGUGUGGUGAGCCGAAGUUGCAGACCUGCAGGCCUGUUGGAACCAGAUUCACCUCCUCCCUCAGUUUCCAACUUUCCAGGGAGCUCAGCUCUGCACAGCAAGAACUAAAACCUAAGAACAAACCAGACCACUGUCUACACAGGUGUGAGUUUGGGGAAAGGCACUCACAGGUGAAUGAAAGAGAAUCACCAGCAGAGACAUCUGUAGAGGCAGCCAAUGACUUGUCAUCAUCAUCAUCAGAGAGGAUUUCAUUUCCUGUCAAGAGGAAAGAGGAUGUUAUCACUCUUAUUUCCAAUGUUCUUGAGACCACAUAUUCCUCAGGAGUAGCUCACCGUUUCUCAGAUGGUAAGCUUGGACCAUAUGACUAUAAUUGCUUACACACUGUGUCACAACAUGGGUCACAACUAAGAAGGACUGGUUUAGAAUCAUUGGAGACAGAGGAAGCUACAGAGGACUUUACAAGACUUGAGAACCAAAAUCAUCUUUUUGAACUGUCUGACCCGACUGUAACCAUGUUGUCUUCCACCAUGGUAUCGGUACUCGCCCCACACUGGAAUAGUCGACUGCGCCGAGGCAAGCGGGGUAUGGCAACUGGCAAUUUGGAUGACGAAGUGAAUGUACCAGGUGUGACAUAUGGCUCAAGCACUGAGGCAAAUUCUGCCCGUGAACAUUUUCGGGAAACACAGAGCCAACAUGCUGGGGAGAGGGGCUUGAGAGAUGGAUUCCAAGAGCCAUUGAGAGCAUCAUUUCUGGGUACCAGGAGAAAAACAGUAGACUGGUCAACUAAGAGCGGGCCCGCAAGUGUAAAUCUGGACUAUGAAUGCAAGAGGAAAGUUGUUCAGUCUGUUUCUGUGGAUGGCCCAGGUAGGCUAGACAACAGAAAAAUAGGUGGGGGUGUUUUCAGUCCUGUAGCUACAACUUCAUCAGCCAUGUCUUCCCUUUCUCUUGACCUAAAUGAACAAGGGAGAGCGCCACUGGCAAGCCAAGGAGAACUGUCACCUUCAAGCUCCACACCAACAACAAGCAGUCGCCUUCUCUCUUUAAGAAGACUCAACUCCAAUUGGAGGAGCUCCCCCUCUGAGAAAAACCCUGUGCCACAGCUCUCCCCAACCUUUCUAAAUAACAACGAGCAAGACAGGUUGAAGUGCACCCCCUAUUCAUCAGCCAUCUCUUAUAAGACAGCAGAAACUGACCCCACUGUUUCCCCAUCCCUCUCCAAACACAGAGAAAGAAAUGUAUCUAAAGACUACAGCGAUUCAGAGGAUGUACCCAUUUCCCAGCCAUCACAGAAAACAAGCACUUUUUCAUGUCCCCAACAGACCUCUCUAACAAAAGAACUCGAGAAGCAACAGAACUACAGACAUUCAAACACAAGAACAGAUCAUAUGUCAGAAAGCUCUAGACUUUCUCCAUAUGAUGGCUAUGCCUUCCUUAAAAGUCGGUCCCUUGGUAGAAGGACCACCCUGACAUCCACUUCCUGGUGGAAACAAGUUACACAGGAAAGCAGUUCCCCUCUUGGCCCCAACAAUACCACCAAUAUCUAUGACAAAAACAAAAAUAAGACAAGCACGCCCUUAAUUACACCCUCUAACACUAAUAUUGACUUGCCAACCCAAAAUCCUGUUGACAACAAAAGACUGAGCAGCCAAAUCCCCAACAGCAGACAAAACAAUAGCACAGUUGAGUCAGUUUACAAGGCCAACUUGAACAUUGUUAUGAAGGCACAGGGUGGUCCUCACACCCUCAGACGAAGCAAUGCUGAGGAUACGCCUGACCAAGAGUUGGAUAGGUGUCUUAAACACCAGAAUGGCUUCAAUUUGAAUAAUAGAGAAACAGCAAAGCCCCAUAGUUUGGUGAGUGUUCCGUCUAUGUCUAAAUUCAGUGGUGCUGCAGGGCAAACAACUCUGAGUCACGCUAAAAAUGUAGCUGUGACUGAAUUACAAAACACUUUGCUAAAUCCUAAGAGCCUGAAUACACCCACUGAGAAAAAUGAUCUCACAGCUAAUACCCAGCCCUACACAGCUUUAUUCAUUCCUCCAUCCACAAGUAGCCCAACCACUUCUAAUGUAACAUUAUCUAAAACUACCUCCUUCACAGAUCAAGCUGAAAAUAAAUCCUCUGUCAACAGUGAACUCCCUCCCUUCAAAUUGUCUCUAGUCCCCUUUCCAGCACAUGCUCUAAAACUAGUUCGAUCUUCAGCACCCAACCUGCUUCCUCUCAGACUGGUAUUCCCUCUUUAUCGCCUACCAGAUCUGUUCCCCACCCACGGUCCACUGAAUUUACCAGGACAAGCACAACCACGCCACUUGGAUUUGAAAGAACCUACACCUCCAUCCCUAAGUCUUCCUACCCUAAAAUUAUACCUACCCUUAUUCCCACAUCCCACGUUAGUUUUUCAUCAACAAACUAUAGCCCUGUAUCCAACAGCCCUACCAUCUCUUCUACUACUCCGUCCAGCCAUCCUGCCCCCUCAACACCCACCAGCCCAUCCCUCCUUACUCUUCCCAUCACUACUGCCCUUUCAUCCUCUACUGCUGCUGUCACCUCCUCAUCUCUCCUUACUCCGCCUUCCACCCCCACCCUCACCCGAGCCACCUCCCCAGAGACCUCCCUUCCCCAAGCAGAGAAUACAUUUUCAGGCAGCCUGGACCUCUCUCCAAAGAAACAACACUCCCAUGUGGAGGGGGCAAGGAUGAGACGGGUGAAGUGGCAGGAUUCAUUAGAUCUGCAACACUCUGAGGCCACCACUGAACAGAGGUCAGAGCCAUCUCAGACCCCCACAAGCCCUGUAUCCCCCUCAAGGCCUUUGCAGAAUGUAGGGGCUCCUUCCAUUUUCUCUUUCCUAAGACCAGGUAGUUCCACCAGAACUACAACUCCUCUCUGCCUACCCACCCC